AUGUCCUCCCGGCCACAGGUUUAUUUAACCCGGAAAGAAUGUUUCAGUGCGUGCCACCGGUUACAUAGUCCCUUCCUGAGUGAGGAAGUGAAUCGACAGGUGUACGGCAAGUGCAACAAUCCCAACGGGCAUGGACACAACUAUACCGUGGAGGUCACGGUACGUGGCCCAGUCGAUAGCAAGACGGGCAUGGUGAUGAACAUAACCGACCUGAAGGAAUACAUGGAACAGGCAAUCAUGAAAAAGUUGGACCAUCUAAACCUCGAUAAGGACGUGCCAUACUUUAAGAAUUUGGCCAGCACCACGGAGAAUGUGGCCAUCUUCAUCUGGGACAGCCUGAAGCUAAUCAUGGAUAAGCCGGAGCUGUUGUACGAAAUUAAGAUAUACGAAACGGACAAAAACUCGGUCAUUUAUCGGGGGGAAAAACAUUCGGUUGGGCAUCACCAUCACCACGAAGCGGUCAAACAGUCCAGAGUUACAAACUCAUCGGAAAAUUCGUCCAACCUCUCUUCCGAUUCGGACGGUUAG